GUUGUAUGGUUGGACCCUGGAAAUGGGAUGUCAGUCCCGUUCAGGGAGCUUAAAGGAAGAAAGAAAAUCUCCCAGUUGCUGCCGCUGUGACAGCGAGUGAGAGCAAGAGCAGGAAAAUGUCGACAGUCCCAGCAGCAGUCCAGGCUCCUCAGGGCCCCGUCAAUCCGCCGCCUCCUGAGGUCACUAAUCCUAAUAAGCCUGGCCGGAAGACCAACCAGUUGCAAUAUAUGCAAAAUGUUGUUGUAAAGACCUUGUGGAAGCAUCAGUUUGCUUGGCCUUUCUACCAACCUGUUGAUGCAAUUAAAUUGAAUUUGCCGGAUUAUCACAAAAUCAUAAAAAACCCCAUGGACAUGGGGACUAUCAAGAAACGCCUGGAACAUAACUAUUACUGGAGUGCCAGUGAAUGUAUGCAGGAUUUCAACACCAUGUUUACAAAUUGUUACAUUUACAACAAGCCAACAGAUGACAUCGUCCUCAUGGCUCAAGCCCUGGAGAAGAUAUUUCUGCAGAAGGUUGCCCAGAUGCCCCAGGAGGAAGUCGAGUUGUUACCCCCAGUUCCUAAAGGCAAAGGUCGCAAGCCGGCAGCGGGCGUGCAGAGCACAGGAGCCCAGCAAGCCGUGGCCGUGUCUUCCGUCUCCCCGCCGGCCCCGUUCCAGAGCGUCCCUCCAGCCGCCUCUCAGACGCCCGUCAUCGCUGCCACCCCCGUGCCAACCAUCACUGCUAACGUCCAGCCUGUCACUGCCCCUCCUGCCGCUGCCCCCCCUCCGCCUGCUGCUCCGAUAAUGCCCGUGGUGCCUCCCACGCCGCCGGUGGUCAAGAAGAAGGGCGUGAAGCGGAAAGCAGACACCACGACCCCCACCACCUCGGCCAUCACCGCCAGCCGCAGCGAGUCCCCCACGCCCCUCUCGGACCCCAAGCAGGCCAAGAUCAUCGCCCGGCGCGAGAGCGGCGGCCGGCCCAUCAAACCACCAAAGAAGGACCUGGAGGACGGCGAGGUCCCUCAGCACGCGGGCAAGAAGGGCAAGCUCUCGGAGCACCUCAAGUACUGUGACAGCAUCCUCAAGGAGAUGCUCUCCAAGAAGCACGCAGCCUACGCGUGGCCCUUUUACAAGCCUGUUGAUGCAGAGGCCUUGGAAUUACAUGACUAUCAUGAUAUUAUCAAACACCCCAUGGAUCUCAGUACUGUUAAAAAAAAGAUGGACAGCCGGGAGUACCAGGACGCACAAGGGUUCGCAGCGGACAUUCGGUUAAUGUUCUCUAAUUGCUACAAGUACAAUCCCCCAGACCACGAGGUGGUGGCAAUGGCCAGGAAGCUCCAGGAUGUCUUUGAGAUGAGGUUUGCAAAAAUGCCCGACGAGCCUGCAGAGGCCCCACCUCCCCCUCCACCAACAGCACCAGUGGUGAGCAAAAGCACAGAGAGCAGUCACAGCAGUGAGGAGAGCUCUUCUGACUCAGACAGCUCCGACUCGGAAGAGGAGCGAGCGACUCGGCUGGCAGAGCUCCAGGAGCAGCUAAAGGCCGUCCAUGAGCAGCUAGCUGCAUUGUCACAAGCACCAGUGAACAAACCAAAGAAAAAAAAAGAGAAGAAGGAAAAAGAGAAGAAAAAGAAAGAUAAAGAGAAGGAAAAAGAAAAGCACAAAGUAAAAGCUGAGGAGGAGAAGAAACCCAAGGUGGCUCAACCACCAAAACAAACGCAACAGAAGAAAGCCCCAGCUAAGAAAGCAAAUAGCACAACCACAGCUAACAGGCAGCCCAAGAAAGGAGGCAAACAGGCAUCUGCAACCUACGACUCGGACGAGGAGGAGGAAGGUCUGCCCAUGACUUACGAUGAGAAACGCCAGCUCAGCUUGGACAUCAACCGCCUGCCCGGGGAGAAGCUGGGCAGGGUGGUGCACAUCAUCCAGUCAAGGGAACCUUCCCUCAGAGACUCCAAUCCUGAUGAAAUAGAAAUAGAUUUUGAAACCUUGAAGCCCACAACUUUACGAGAACUGGAGAGAUACGUGAAAUCUUGUUUACAGAAAAAACAAAGGAAACCGUUUUCUGCAAGUGGAAAAAAACAAGCAGCCAAGUCAAAAGAAGAGUUAGCUCAGGAAAAGAAGAAAGAACUAGAAAAACGGUUACAGGACGUCAGUGGGCAACUAAACAACAACAAGAAACCUGCAAAGAAAGAGAAAUCCAGCUCGGGUCCCUCCGGGGGCCCCUCCCGGCUCAGCAGCAGCAGCUCCUCUGAGUCUGGGAGCAGCAGCUCCAGCGGCUCCAGCUCGGACAGCAGCGAUUCGGAGUGA